AUGAUGGACGAGCCCAACCCUCCUGUUUGGCCGGAUUCGGUAAUCAUCGUCCAUGACACGGAGGAUGCCGAUACCAUGAAACAGAAAUUGGAACCCACUCAAGAUUCCUGGAAUGCGGAACACAACACAUUUACUUGUGAUUAUCACUUUUCCGAUCGACGAUAUGCCGUCUUGUUUACUCCUGGUAUUUACCGCAAUGUCGACUUGGAAGUGGGAUACUACGUCCAAGUGGCGGGCUUGGGUGUGACACCCAAUCAUGUUCAAUUCAAAGGCGAUGGCAAGGGACCGCAUGUCCCUUCUUUGAAUCGACACAUUCACAAGAAUAGUGGAACCUGCCUCGAUACCUUUUGGAGAAGUGGAGAAAACUUUUCGUGCGCCAAUGACAUGGUCUGGGCCGUCAGUCAGGCAUCUCCAUUACGUCGGGUCCAUUGCCAAAAGGAUUUGUACCUCCAUGACAAGGACGCCUACGCCAGUGGAGGCCACAUUGCCAAUGCCGUGGUCGAUGGACACACACACUUUGGUGGCCAGCAACAAUACUUGAGUCGCAAUGUCCACUUUGGAAAGGGGGCUUCGGGAGGUGCCUGGAGUAUGGUCUAUGUGGGCUGUGGCGACAAUGCCCCUCCCAAUUCGGCAACCAACACGACUAUAACGAAAACUCGUGUUCGAGUGGAAAAGCCCUACAUUGCCGUGUACGAUGACGACAAGACCAAGUUUCAGCUUCGAAUCCCACUCGUCAACGAUGGUACCACCGACAAUCUACCCCAAGUGACUGGCGACAACGAAGAGAGCCGCGAUUUCCGUCACGUCAAGGUGGCCACGGCGUCGGAAUCCACCAGGGCCAUUCAAAAGGCACUCGACGAGGGCAAGGACGUGGUCCUGACUCCAGGUAUUUACUAUCUGGAUCAAAGCCUUGAUGUCCACAAGGACAACCAGGUAGUGUUGGGACUGGGUUUGGCAACUCUGGUGUCUCCUGUUGGAUCUCCCUGUAUCCGAGUCGCCCCCGGCACUGCAGGAGUUCGAAUUGCUGGUGUCAUGUUGGAAGCCCCUGCCGUGGAUCCAGCCAAGAGGAAGAGCACCGAGUCGCAUUGGUCCCUCUUGGAGUAUGGUUGCGAGGGCCAAACCCAAGCAGACGACCCAAAGAACCCCGGGGCCCUCUUUGACAUCUUUUGUCGAGUGGGUGGUGGUGGCGAUGCGGACAAGCGUCAUUGGAUCAACAUUGACAGCAUGGUGCGAAUUCACUCCAGCCAUGUGAUUGGAGAUAACCUGUGGCUUUGGAGAGCCGAUCACGCCGAGCUGAAUCCUGGCGAGAGUCCCAAUUGCCCGAACGUAUCGCCGGUGUUCUAUCAGACGGAGAAGGACGAGUACAACGUUGACACGGGCAUUGUGGUGACUGGCGACAAUGUGACAAUCUAUGGCUUGGCAGUGGAGCAUACAAGCAAACACCAAACCAUUUGGAAGGGCGAAAAUGGCGCCGUGUACUUUUAUCAGUGCGAGUUCCCCUAUGAUGUUGACACUGACUUUGGGAAGGCUGGAUACAGAGGAUAUUUCAUUGGGAAUUCGGUCAAGGCACACUCCCUCAACUCUCCCGGGAUUUACUCCAACUUUCGAAAUGCAACGGUCCAGGUUGAGACAGCUAUCCAGCAUCCAGACAGCCCCGAAAUAGAGGUUGUCAAUCCGUUCACAGUGCAUUUAGACAACAAUGGAAUCAUUGCAUCGGUGAUCAAUGGACGAGGCCCUGCCGCUCAGAAACAGGGAGUUCCAAGCCGAGUGUAG